AUGGGAAGACCUCCUUGUUGUGAUAAAGUACUUGGUAUCAAGAAAGGACCUUGGACUCCUGAAGAAGAUCUAAUUUUAGCAUCUUACAUCGAAGGACAUGGACCAGGGAAUUGGAGAUCAGUUCCAACUAAUGCAGGUUUGUCAAGGUGCAGCAAAAGUUGCAGGCUGAGAUGGACUAAUUACUUAAGACCAGGAAUCAAGAGAGGAAACUUCACUGAACUUGAAGAAAACAACAUAAUUACUCUUCAACGUUUAUGGGGAAACAAAUGGGCAGCAAUAGCUUCAAAUCUUCCACAAAGAACAGAUAAUGAUAUAAAUAAUUAUUGGAAUGCAAAUCGAAAGAAAAAACUCAAGAAUAAGUUUCGUUCGCAUCAUCUGGGAUCAUCAUCAACAAGCCUUCAGUUUCUUAACAAAAAUUGUAGAACUCUUAGUCAUGAUAGGAUAAGCAACUUAGAAUAUCAUCAUUUGAGUAUCCAUCAAAAUUCAGCCCUAAAUAAGUUCAUUAGUACUAUUACUAGUAGUAGUACUAGUACCCCCUCAUCUACCACUUAUGCUUCAAGCACAGAAAACAUUUCAAGACUCUUGGAAGAUUGCGUCAAGAAUUCUCCUAACAAGUUCAGUAGUGGUGCGCUCAAAUUAAAGACCACCCAAACAGAAGAAAAAGUACUACCCAGUGGCAGCAAUAACUCCGAUAACAACAACCCCAACAAUGGUAACAAUAACCCUCCAUUUUCUUUACUAGAGAAGUGGCUCCUGGAUGAAGCAACUGUCCAAGUUCUUGAGGAAGAUCAAAUGGAGAUCUAUCCAAAAUUUUGA